AUGAAAUCCACCAUCAGUUUCUUGGCCCUCACGGCAGCCGUGCACUCCUCUCCUCUCCAAAGGAGACAAGACCCGAACGGCCAUGUUUGGGACAAUGUCGAUACUUUCUGUAAUAACCAAACAUUUCUUCUUCGGGACCCUGCAGGCGCUGCUCAAGUUUGGGAAACCACCAGCGCUGGUAAUGAACUCGAUGUUUUCAUCGCUUCACAGUGGGAGCAUGAGCCUAACUGGCUACUCAACCUCGAAGACCGUGUCGUUGGCGGCGUCAGUGGAGGCGCAACUGUCGGUGGCUGUGGCAGUGUCCAAGGCAGCUGCAACCCUCUGGGUGGCAUAGACUGUAAGGAACAGUUCAACAAAUACGGUGUAGACAAGGAUGGUAAUGAAAACGUCAUUGGAAAGACCUCUUACCGGAUUUUCCUAGCUGUCAAGGGGAUGCAAGCUAAGUUUAGGAUGCUGAAAGACAAACUGACUUCCGAUACUAUGGUCGCUGGAUUCCUCAUUCCCAGCAUGGUCAAAGACUUUGAAGGCAACGAGGAUCAGACGUCUGACAUCAUGAAGUGGCUUGCUGCUGCAAUUGGGUUUGGCGGAGCUCUAGGGGGCAAUAUGCCCGUAGCUGGACCUUAUCUAUCGACUGGUGCUGGUAUCUUGGGUGGCAUCUUUAGUGCCGUGGCAGACAAGACUGCCCCAGAGGCCAUCGACACGUCUACUAUCUCCGGUGCCUUGGUCAGUCUAUUCGUAGCCACGGCCGGGCAAAUCGACUCAACUCUCGAUCUCGCUGUAGGCGGCGCCGCCACGAUCGAAGAAUACAAAGCUCUGCCCAACCCGAAGCCUGACGACGACUGGUACAAGUCACCAGUUGCCAAGUUCUUCAGCACAGGAUGGUUCCUCCUCAAAGACGACAGCCUUGCCGUGGAUAACGCAAUCAAGUCCAUCACCGAGAACAUCAAGCCCAAGAUCGCAAACAACGUCAUGAAGGCUGCCAAUCUCCGCCUUGUAGCUGACAAGAGGAUCCAUAGCCAGGAGGAAUGUGGCACCGCUACUGGCCGACAGUGGAUGACUCUUAGAGAAGGCGAGGAUUACUGCUUCUAUAUCAUGCGCUACAAGCCCUUCGGUGGUAACUACGGCGAGUCGUGGACUGAGGCCGAAGAGGAUGUCUACACGAACACGGCCAAGUACAACCUUGGAAACCGUGAUCCGUACUAUCAUGUAGUCCUCGACUGUGCUCUCAGCGCAGAAAAAGAGCUCCAGGUGGAUAUCUUGGGCUUUAACAGCAUCCCUGUUUGCUACUUCGACCUCGAGGCGUUUUUCAUUGAUCAUAAUGAGUGUAACAGCAACCUUAUUAACAAGAUCUGUCCCCCGAUCAAGGCUACUCCAAUUGCAUGA